UAACGAAAGCAAACACGUGGUUUUCGAAAGGACCUUUUCGUGUCUGCACAUAAUUUGGGAAAUAACGGGAAAAUAUACUUAAAUAAAUAUAAUUAAAGUUUGUUCAGAUCUUCAUUUUAGAGUGCGAUUUUUGAACUUCUGAAAUCUUCGCAAAAUAAUAGCAGACGAUGCAGAUCAAAAAUGUGAGUUUCUUUCGGUCUGUAGCAUUUUAAUAAUUUGCAGAGUGACAUAUUCGCGAAAUUAAUUUGAGAAAUUUCAUCAUUUUCAUCGAAAAACUGGAGAAAAAUCGACUUAAAUUCAUGAUUUACAUUAAAAUAGUGAUAAUAUUUUUAAUUAACAGCGUUAGAGAAAUGUCAGAGGAAAUGUGGUUUGGAGCGGGUUUUACGUACUCUGAUAUAAUAAAAGAGUAAUAGUGACACAAAAGAUAUGAAACGUUAUCGAUCAUCUUCAAUUUUGAGGUUAGGUUGAAAGUUAACCUCUCACUUAUUGUGCGAUGAUACCGUGCAUCCCGUGUGAUUUUGACUGAUUUAAAUUAUUUAUAAAAAUCAAAAUGACUGACGAUAUUAUUGAGGUUGACCUGGAUGAUCCUAGAUUUCGUAUCAAGCCUUAUCAACAAAUGAUGGCCUCGUGCACAGGAGCUUUGGUUACUUCGAUAUUUGUGACGCCACUCGAUGUCGUGAAAAUUCGUUUACAAGCGCAACAGAAAGCUAUGCUUUCAAAUAAAUGCUUUCUCUAUUGCAAUGGCUUAAUGGAUCACUUGUGUUCUUGUGGGAAUGGCCGAGGACCAGAAUGGUUGAGAACAAAUGGAAAAUUUAAUGGGACUGUGGACGCAUUAGUGAAAAUUGGAAAGAGAGAAGGUAUCCUUUCCCUUUGGAGUGGUUUGAGCCCCACCUUAGUCUUAGCAAUUCCAGCCACGAUAGUUUAUUUUGUCUCCUAUGAACAAUUAAGAUUAUUUUUAAAGGACAACUACAAUAGAAGAUUUGUCCAAGACUCCCUCAGGAAAGAACAGCCUUUCUGGAUUCCGGUAGUAGCUGGUGGGACAGCACGCAUUGGGGCAGCGACAUUAGUGAGUCCUUUGGAACUGAUCAGAACGAAAAUGCAGUCCCAAAAAUUGAGUUAUGCCGAAAUAAGACAAGCCCUGAAGACGGUUAUAAAAUAUAGCGGAUUUUCUGGAUUGUGGAUGGGUCUCAGCUCCACGCUACUUCGUGACGUACCUUUUAGUGCAAUCUACUGGUUCAAUUAUGAAUCGUUGAAAAAGAUUUUCCGAAACGUACAGCACACUUUUACAUUUAACCUUAUAGGAGGCGCUGUAGCUGGCUCUAUUGCUGCUUUCUGUACUAUUCCAUUUGACGUCGUGAAAACACAUAGACAAAUUGAAAUGGGCGAAAAGGAGAUUUACUCAGAUAAACCAGGACGAACAAGUAGCACGUUUACUAUUAUAAAUAGAAUAUAUAAGCAAAACGGUAUACGUGGUCUCUUUACCGGAUUGACACCUCGUUUAGUAAAAGUCGCACCUGCCUGUGCAAUUAUGAUUGCUACUUUUGAGCACGGAAAACGAUUUUUUCAAGCAAGAAAUGCUAACGAGGUUUUAGGCCUGGAACCAAAUGUUCAGAUAUUGAGAUAUAAAUAUGAUAAUACGUAGUGAAAAAAGACGAUACUUAUAAAAAAUUCCGUGCAGAUUGCACCGAUAUUUGUAAAUAAUAAUAAUAAUAAUAAUAACAAUAAUAAUAA